CGCGUCGUGCUGCGUCACAGCUCUGCGUCACACUCAAUAUGCCAGCGCGUCGACGUGGGGCCGCUAGCCCGCCGCCGAGCAAGCCGUCGCUGCCACCGAGCAAGGCGGCGCCGCCUCAGGACGAGGACGCCCGCCUGUGGGCGCCCAAUCUGCACUCAACCUUCUCGUUCCUCGCGAUCGUCCGGCUCAUCUCGGCGCUCGUCAACAUCCAGUCGGACUGCGACGAAGCGUACAACUACUGGGAGCCGCUGCACAACAUCCUCUACGGCCAUGGCUUCCAGACGUGGGAGUACAGCCCCGUGUACGCGCUGCGGUCGUACUUGUACCUCGUCGUGCACGGCGUCGUGGGCAAGGUCGCGGGCGGUGUCCUCUUUGGCUCGUCGAAGCUCGCGUUCUUCUUUGGCCUGCGCACGGCACUAGGCUUCGCGUCCGCGCUCUGCGAAGCCGCCUUCUACCGUGGCGUCGUCCGAGCCUACGGCCCGCGCGUGGGUCGCUACACGCUGGUCUUCCUUGCGUGCAACAGCGGCAUGUUCCAAGCGUCAACGGCCUUUCUCCCGAGCUCCUUUGUCACGUACAUGCUCAUGCUCUUCUCGGGCUUUUGGAUGACGACGCAAGGCGCGAGCUUCAGCGCGCCUGCGCUCGCGUCCGGCGUGAUCGCUGUCGUCUGCGGCUGGCCGUACGUCGGCGUCAUGUGCGUGCCCUUUGCGCUCCAGUCGGUCGUCGCGUUUGGCGUCCUCCGGCCGAUCCUGACGGGCGUCCUCGUCCUCGGGCUCGUCGUCGGGCUCGAAGUCGGGACCAACUAUUACUUUUACCACGCCUGGCUACUCCCGGCCGUCAACAUCGUGCUCUACAACGUCGUCUCGGCGGGCUCGGAGCUCUACGGCGUCGAGCCAUGGACGUACUACGCCCUGAACCUCGCGCUCAACUUCAACGUGGGCCUGCCCCUCGCGGUCGUGAGCGUGCCCAUCGCCCUCGCCAGCGGCGGUCUGCGCAUGGUCUUUAUCCUCCCGCUCUACCUUUGGCUCGGCAUCAUGUUUCUCCAGCCGCACAAGGAAGAACGCUUCUUGUACCCCGUGUACCCGUACUUGUGCUUGGCGGCCGGCUGGACGCUCACGACCAUCUUCCGCCUCGCUCGUCGCGUCGCACGCCCGAUCGCGCCCGUGCUCGUGACGCUGGCGGUGAGUGCGUACGUGGCUCUCUCGACGAUGCGGGUUAUCAGCAUCACGACGCAGUACGGCGCGCCGCUCAAGGUCUACCAGUUCCUCCACGACCACAUUGAAGCAAGUACAAAUGCCUCGACGCCGCUCCGCGUCUGCGUCGGGAAGGAGUGGCACCGGUUUCCGUCGCACUUUUUCUUGCCCAACCACGCGCGCAUGGCGUUCCUCCGCAGCGGCUUCCGCGGGCAGCUCCCAGCCCACUUUGUAUCGACGUUUCAAGUGCCCGACCACAUGAACGACCUCAACUUGGAAGAGGUGUCGCGCUAUGUGGACUUGGCGACGUGCGACUUUGUCAUCGAUCGGGACGUGCCGCAAUCGAUGGGGCACCCGGACGAACCGAGCUUGGCCGCGAACCCGGCGUGGACCCCGGUGUACGCGGAACCGUUCUUGCUCGCCGAGGCGUCCGACCGGAUCGCGCGUGCGUUCUAUGUGCCCUUUUGGACGCCGACGCACACUGUGUUUACCAACUACACCGUCUAUGCCCCGGCGUCGACGUAG